AUGGUGAGAAAAUCCAAUCCAGAGCCGCUCACGCUGACGGAAUCGCGAACAGCAGAAGGCGAGACAGGAAAUCGGUUCCUCGACAAUUCGCAGUCACCUCUGAGCAGCUCUAAAUCCCCGAAAUCCCCGCGAUCGCCAUUCAGAUUGAAGUCCAAGAAACCGUCUGCCUCCGAAACCGAGUCACCGCAGAACCAGACGCGGACGCGGACGAACGACGACGACCAGCGAACCACUCCCCAGGAUACGGCGUCGCUUCCGUUGUUGCAACCACAGACAACCGCCACCGAGGGACUCGUAGCCGAGGCGAAAGAGGCACCGCAGAAGGCGGAGAGAGUGAAAGAACAAAGACCGGCCCGGGGUGGCUUUUUCUCCAAAAAUAAGGCUACAAAGAAUUCGAAUCAGGCAAAGGCAAAUUCGAAAACCUCUGCGAAAUCGACGGCAGAGGAAAGCAUGUCCAAAGACACAGACCGCCCAAGUAAAGUUUCAGCGCAGGAUACUUCCGAGAUUGGUAAGCUCCAGUUUCGUCUAUUAUCCAUUCAAUGACAGGACUGACCUGGAAUCUUCACUUCAGCAGAGCCGAGUCCGGAGAGACCACCACCAAUCAAGUCGUCCAAGGUUACGAGGAAACCAGUUGCUGGCCCUUCCAGAUCCAACGUCUCAGUUGACUCUACAGGCGAUCCACCAAACCCUUCGAAUCCAAACGUCACUAAGAAGAGCAAGCCGAACCCCUUCAGCCUGCUCACCAGAACGCGGUCUCUACGUGAUGAGAACAGCUCUCGCGAGCCUUCACCUACGGACAAGACUAGCAAGUUCGACAAACCCCCACCACCCGAGCGAUCGCACGCACAUAGCAAAUCUAUAGCCGUUGUCCCUUCGCGACCCGAGAACGACAGAUUUCUCAAGGACAGCAUGAGUUCCAGCCGCAAUCCUUCUGAGGACCGCAACGCCAAGGUGCGAGAUGCAUCGCGCGAGAAGACACCAAAGGAAGGCAGCAAGCUACAGCCUCCCACGAUUAAGGAGAAGGAGAGCAAUAAGAAGGAUGCAUCGUCCUCAAACCAAGGAGGAGGUCAUGGUUUCCUGAGUAACCUUAAGACUUCGGCUACGAAAGGGGCUGGUGCUAUACACAAGGGGCUCUUUGGUGGUGGGAAGACUGGUCGCAGCGCAAGUACGACUGAAAAAGAGAUGCCAGUGGAUGACGAGCAUUACGUAUUAAAGGUUAUCAACCGACCACUCGUGGAGCAAACACGUUUAACAAGAAUAUCUAAGCGGCUGGAAGACUCUCGUGAUAAGACUGAGUUUUGGAUGCCCUCGUUCCCAUGGCGCGCCAUCGAUUAUCUCAAUUAUAAAGGAAGUGACGUGGAAGGAUUAUACCGGGUGCCUGGCAGUGGGCCACAAAUUAAGAAAUGGCAGAGACGAUUUGACGAAGGCAAGUUUUCAAGUAUUGAAAGGGUUGCGGAGACGUCGCUAAUCAGAACCAGAACUUGAUAUUGACCUCUUUGAGCAAGACGAUCUUUACGAUAUCAACAUCAUUGGCUCCAUGCUGAAAGCUUGGUUGCGUGAACUUCCCGAAGAACUCUUCCCCAAGUCAGCUCAAGAUCGUAUCGCCAGAGAAUGUGCCGGCGCAGAGAGAGUUCCUCAACAGCUUGUCGACGAGCUAUCGAAUCUUUCACCAUUCAAUUAUUACCUUCUAUUCGCCAUCACUUGCCACCUGUCUCUCCUACUUGCGCACUCGGAAAAGAACAAGAUGGAUUUCCGCAAUCUUUGUAUUUGUUUUCAACCAUGCAUGAAGAUAGACGCAUUCUGCUUCAAGUUUUUGGUUUGCGAUUGGAGAGACUGCUGGAAAGGAUGCAAGACCGAGCCGCAAUAUACAGAGCAGGAAUACAUGCUGUUCGAUAUGGCGCACGCAGGUCCUCCAGGGAGCGCUGAGGGUCAGAGUAGCACUGCGGUCGAAAGCCAUGAUGAGCGCAACGUCUCGAGCUCUGAUAGCAGCAAGCCAUCGAGUGUCAGCAUCAACCACCAAGAACCAAAGCAAAAGGCACCAUCCAAGAAGAGCAAUCUCAAUCAAAGUGAUAGUCAGGCAAGCAUGAGUACAAUCAGCACAGAAUUGACCAUCGUUGCUGAUCGUACUCCACCCAGAAAAAGUACUGAGAUGCGCCCACUAAGCCCAAUAAAACCUCUCAGUCCGAUUGGAUUUAGCUAG